GUGCCUUGUACAUGUCUUCUUCUUCACACUAUUCUUAGUGGGACAGCAGUGCCCGUAAAAUGUCCGGGUCCAGACCAAGGUUGAUGGUUCUGUACAGUAACGAUGGUGUUGAAGUUCGAUACACGGAUGGUUCCAGGCUCCACCUUCUUCCCUGUGGUACCACCUUCCUCCAUCACUCAGCACAGGACGCUCAUCCAACCCAUGGUUUGAAAACUAUUCAACAAAGAUGCCAAUUUGCCACAAGCAACUACAGAGAUCUUGUUAUUGCUGCCCUGGAUUUCAGAAAUAGAUUUGCAGAAAGGCCAUUUCUGUGUGAAGAGCUGCUCGGGAAAGAUCAGAUUGUGAGCCUCUACGCUAAAGUAAACGAAAUAGCAUGGCCUAAAGAACAUUCUACUGAAAAUAUUGACGUUGGAGAUGAUGGAAGUGUCUGCGUUACGUCAAAUGAUGAGUUCGGUAGUGUGGUACUUUCUCCACAUCGGACAGACUUCACAGUCUGCUACCUCUCAGCACUUAGCCGAGAGCGAAUCAAAGAAAAGAAUCAAAAUCAUAGGAAAGCUAACAGUAGGCAGCACUUCAAAAAGGAUGGGCAUCACAAAAACGAACAAAUGCAUGGAGAGUCAAGUGCACGAGAUACAAGUGAACGUGGAGAUAACAGAAUACAUAUAUUUGAAAAAAUGCGCGAAGACUCCAAAACACCGGAGUACACAAAGAUAACAGAAAAUGACACUUCAGUUGGACUAAACUUGUCGCCAAUAACACAGGCGAGCUGUGUGGACAGUCCUGGGGGUAUAAGUAACGCAAGUGGAAGUCCAUUUUCAAUUCAUACUUCGGGCGAAAAUUGCAAUGCCAAAUUUAGGCCUUUUUCAACACCUACAGAAGGGCUGGAUGCCAAAGAAAAUGGCAGUUAUACUAAUAAUGCUGAAGGCAGUUUUCUUGGAGAAACAUAUGGAAAAAAGCCUGUUGAUUUUACUCAGGAUAUACAAAACCAGCAUCAUUAUUUUAAACCAAUCGCAGUUUGCAAAUCAGAAAUGAAAGCUUCUCAUGAUUGUGGGGACGUUGGCAGAGCAUGUUUGGAACAAGAAGAGCCAACGUUAGCCACAAAAUGUGAGGAUGAAAUUUGUGGUGAUAUUAGUUCCUGUUCAAGCCAAGAAGGGGAUAGUCAAACCCAAGUUAGAUACACUUGGUUGACGAGGCACAUGUCUUGUGAUGAAUGCCACUCCAGUUUUGGUCACGUGGUGAAACUUGCAAAAGAGGCAGCUGAGACUGGAAUAGUUGUGGACAUGAAAGGUUCAAAGAAAACGGAAAAGAAAUCAACAAAUAUCUCAUCAUUGAGACAAAUAAAUAAGAAACACUGCAUAAUGUCACCAGUGCCUUCCCCGCUACCUUUAGUUUGCCCAGGACAACACCUGCACAAACUCUUUGGAAAGAAUAUUUAUGAUGAUGGCAAAAACCCUGUUGAAGAUCCAACAACUUUUUCUUUUGGCCGAUUGAAGGUCUUGCUUAUCGAUGGUGUAAUAUUCAGAAUUGUAAGACUGCAGUCAAUGAAAUGUAUUGAGGUUUAUCCAGGGGAUGGUUCUGUGAUUGCCUCUCAGGGCAUGACCGGUCAUUUCUUUCAACACAUCAUACCAAUUGGAAACAAGCUGGAAGAGCGUACAUACUCGCUCAAAUCUCCGCCCGGACAGGCAGUGGUUGGGGGUCAUUCUAUAAAGGGCCUGUUAAACAGAGCCAACCGCUUUCUUGCACAUGUGAGACAGGAAGAAAACAUGCCUUCAUCCCUUGGGCUAUGCUGUUGGAAGCAUGAAGAUGUUAUAUUGACUGAACCAGGGACCACUACAACUCUUGAGGAAUGUGAAAUUCCGGGCUACGGUAAAUUUACUGCUCGGUCGAAUGGUGAAGUUAGAAUUACAUUUACGGACAGAACUUGUUUAGACAUGGCUGCAGAUUUUUCUUCUAAAUUGGCCAAAAGACACGAAAUAGAAAAGACAUCCAAGGUAUUGGUCGACAAGAAGCUUGGUGUAUGCAGAUUGCUGUUACCAAAUGGCAAUUAUCAGAUGAUUAACGUAAAUGAUCCUCGCCAAUACAAGCGGUACGUUUCACUUGCUUUAGAAUGGAUUGAUUGGGUGAAUAGCCCCUCUAAGGAGAGAGAACAGUUUUACAAAGACAGACCAGAGGCUGCAUUAAAACAGUCCGUUGAAAAGGAGCUCCAAAAGAUUCAGUGUUUCAAUUACAUAGUGGACAAAACCGUUUUGAAGUCGGAUAUGUUGGAAAACCCGAAAGGAGCUUCUUCGCAGUUUGUACCAUCGAACAAACCAGGUCCUGGUAUUCUUCGCAAUACUGACCAGGUUCGAGCAAAAGAGAGCCGGUCAGGCAAUUUUCCACCAAGAACAGUACAGAUUCAUUCCCCAAACGCAAGCCAAAGCAGUUCGAUAUCAACAGGAAGUUCCUCAAAGCAUUCCUUGUUAGAAAAGCAUAUUCCAUCGACAGGGUAUUCUGAAAGCGGUAUGACAAACUCGGAAACAUUCUUUCGUAGGAAUGUAAGACCUGUUCCUAUUGGUCAAGACAAUUUAGAUAACAGAAUGUCUGAGCUUGACGGGUUUAACUCUGUUCGACAAGCUUUGAUGAAAACGUCAAACUUUAUUAAGGACAUUGAUCAUCUUUUGGACACAAAAUGACAUUUUAUUGCCGUAUUCAUUGCGAUUGAAUAUGCCAAUAAUUAUUUUCACAGAAACAAUUGACCUCUUUUACACUCAUAUUUGUUAAAUUGUAAAUAGUAAGGUCAAACCAAUUGUGUUUUAUGUUUAGAGCCAGGUUUCCACUUUCAAAACCUCGGUAGGGCAGAAAAGUACACCAAUUUUCGCAAGGAAAAUCACAAUUAUAAAUUUACAUAUUCUUACACCCAGAAGUUUAACUUAUGCUUUUAUGAUAUUCUUCUGGACUCUUAGCAAUAUGUUGGUUGUUAUUGCAUUCUAGAAAAACAAUGAACGUUGCUUAAACUUUAUCAUGGUAAAUUAAUGUUACGUUCUUCACCCGCUCAAUGACGCUAAACAUAGAAUCAAAUUGUCAUGGCCUUUAUAUAUUAUAUUAUAU